UGACAGGUUAGGUUAAGUUUGAGUUUAUCGUUUGGUGUAGCGUUUUGUUUGAAUACUUUUAAAUAAACUCGAUUAUGCUUUGAUCGAAGCUUAUAAUCAAUGUAAACAAAGUAUAAAGGAUUUAUUGUAACGUUUAAGGAUCCUUUUAAGUUAUGGAAUAACAGUUUUUAAUGGAUGAUGCCGAACAGACAGAUGAGACAGAAGAAAGAAUUGAUGAUGUUCCAAAUAAUGAAAUCAAAUUAACAUAAUAUGCCAAAAUAUUGAACCACGUUAAAUAUACCAUAUGAAAACAACUGAAAAUUUAGAAAAACAUUCCAUUUUAACAAAUACUCCUUUUUUUUGAUAUUUUAUUUAAAUGUUUGCUCAAAUUACUACUGAUUUAGCAGAAGAUUUGCUUCUACAGAAUGAGAUUUUUCUGUAUUUUUAAAAUGAACUAUGAUUGGACUCUGCGUAGAAGACACAAACUUUCAUUCAUCUUGAAAAGUUUUUAUGAUGAAGUCUUGCUUUACAAAACAUUAUUAAUGUGUUCAUUAUAUGAUUUUUUAUGUUUUGUUAGUAAAAUUGUGAUGUUGUGUUUUAGGUUUUUUAUACAUAUUGUAGAAUUCUGUCCAUUAUUUUAUGUGCAGCUAAUUUUGAUUUUAAGUUCAUUGUUGAUUCAAGCAGAACAACAAUCUGCUCCUCAUUUUGUAGUGCAGCCAUCAUUUACUGGAGGAAUUGUGACAGAAAAUCAGUCAAAAAUACUGCAGUGCCAAGCUAUAGGUUUUCCUCCGCCUGAAUAUAAAUGGUUAAAAAAUGGUCAAUCAUUAGGAAAUUUUUCACAUGAUCCUUUACUUCGAAUAUCAAAAAUUACAAAAACUGAUGAAGGAAUAUAUCAGUGUAUUGCUCAUAACAAUGUUGGUGCUAUCUUCAGUGAAAAAACUGCCUUAACUGUUGCUUAUAUUAAUGAUCCUAAAAAUGUAGAAAAUAAAACUAUUACUAUUGAGCAAGGCCAUGCUGCUUUGUUAAUUCCUCCAGAAGUAGAAAGUAUACCUCCUCCAACUGUGACUUGGCAGCGUAUAGGUAAAGGCAGACUACAUGGAAGUAAAUAUGUUAUUACAGGAGAAAAUCAUUUGGUUAUACUAUCUGUUGAACCGGAAGAUUCUGGACAAUAUCAAGCAUUGCUAACCAAUACUCAAAUUGGUCAGGAAAAAUCAGGACCUAUUAUUACACUCAUAAUAAUAGCAAAUGAAACUAAUAAUCCUAUUGCUCCAAAAAUUAUUAUUUCGCCAAAAGAUUCCAUUUUUACUCAAGGAACAUAUCCAGCUUCUUUAGAAUGUAUUGCAAAUGCCAGACCACUUGAAGAAAUAAACACAAUCUGGAAAAAAGAUGGACGCGACAUUCAUUUAACAGGAUUAUCUUAUAUUCUUUCCCCUUGGAAUAGAUCUCUCACACUUACCAAUAUAGGAACUCCUCAUGAGGGAAUAUAUGAAUGUCAGAUUUAUCAUAGAUUAAUUGAAGAACCACUUAGAAGUUCUGCCAAAGUAUCAGUGUAUAUACCUCCUACAAUAACUCUACCACCACAAGGAGAAACAGUUUCUGAAAUAACACAGAGAGUCUCCUUGCCUUGUGAAUCACAAGGUAAUCCAUCACCACAGAUAUCCUGGUAUAGAAAUGCUGCAUUAAUUAAAUCCUUGCCUGAAAAUAGAUAUCAUAUUUCUGAGAAUGGUUAUUUGGAAAUUGAUAAUUUGGUCACAGAAGAUUCUGGAAUAUUUCAGUGUGUGGCAAAAAAUGAAGCUGGUGAUGUUUCUGCUAGUACUUGGUUACAUGUUAAAACAUCACCUCCAGUUUUUACUCGUUCACCUGAAAAUGUAACAAUUUUAGAUGGUAAAGAUGCUGAAAUAAAGUGUGAAGUCAUUGGUGCUCCCCUUCCUAACACCACAUGGAUAUUUAAUGAUACUACUAUAAUGCAUAGUUCAGGAAGAAUACAAAUUUUGGAAAAUGGAAAUUUAUUAAUAGCAUCUAUAGAAUCAAAAGAUGUUGGAAAGUAUACCUGUAUUCGAAUUAAUAGUGGUGGUUCAAUUUCUGGUCAUGCAUAUCUCAAUGUUUUAGAACUUCCUCAUCCUCCAGCAAAUGUAAAAGUUGAUUUAUUAAAUACCCUUCCAAAAACUGUUAAUAUUAGUUGGUCAAAUGGUUUUGAUGGGAAUAGUCCAAUUACAAAUUACAUUGUACAGAAGCGUACAGUUCCUUCUUCAGAUGGUUAUGUAGAAUCAUUAAUUCCAUGGGUAACUGCUAAAACAAAUAUUUCUGGUACUCAGAGAUAUGCUAUUUUAAGCAAUUUGAAACCUGCAUCUAGUUACCAGUUUCGUAUGAGUGCUGUCAAUGGAGUAGGAGAGGGUAAUCCUAGCAAAGAAACAGAAGUGAUAACAUUGCCUCCUGAACCACCCAGCGGACCACCACAAGGUGUUGUUGGAGGAGCAAGAUCAUCAACAUCUGUAAUGUUGCAGUGGCAGCCUCCUUCAGAAGAAGAUCGAAAUGGAGAUCUUAAAGGAUAUACAAUCAGAUAUAAAUUAGCUGGUUAUAGUGCAAGUCCCUGGGUUUAUAAUAAUGUCAGCAAUGAAGCACAACACAGUCUUUUGCUUCAAGAUCUUAUUGUUUGGCAAAAUUAUGAGAUUCAAGUUGCAGCAUAUAAUGAAAAAGGAAUUGGCGUUUUUAGUGAUAGCAUAUAUAUAAGGACUCGGCAAGGGAUUCCACAAGCUGCUCCAACUGAAGUAAGAGCAGAUGCAUUGAAUUCUACAGCAGUUAAAGUAAGAUGGAAACCGCCUGAUCCUCAAUUAGUUAACGGCAUUAAUCUAGGUUAUAAAGUUCAAUGUUGGUUUAAUGAUCUUCAUAACAAUAGUCAUCCAUCAAGAACAGAAUUAGUUGCACCCAGUCCAACUGAUCCUUGGGCCGAACAACAAAUUAUUCUUUCAAAUUUAGAAAAGUUUACAACAUAUAGCAUUACUGUUUUAUGUUUUACAAGUCCAGGAGAUGGUCCACGUAGUGAUCCUGUUAGUGUUACAACAGCUCAAGAUGUACCUGAUGUUGUAUCAAAUAUUAAAUUUGAAAAUAUAUUAGAUACAUCUGCCAAAGUAUUAUGGAGUCCACCUGUAAAUAUUAAUGGAAUUUUGAAAGGCUAUACUUUAAAAUAUCAUGUAAAAGAUAUGCCUGAAACUACUGUCGUGAAAAAUUUAACAGCUGACAUUACUUCUGUUGUAGUUGAUAAUCUAAGACCAGUUACUGCCUAUACAUUUAUAAUAUUUGCUUGGACUAUUAUAGGACCAGGUCCUUCUCGUACUGCUGUAAUUCAAUCUGGAAUUCCUCCAGUUCUUCCAUCUCCUCCUAGUAAACUUGCAGUAUCAAAUAUUGGAGCAUUUUCUGUUGUUUUACAAUUUACACCUGGAUUUGAUGGCAAUUCUUCAAUUAUUAAAUGGAAUGUAGAAGCACAGUUGAGACGAAAUGAAACUUGGUUUAAAAUUUAUGAAGUUUCAGAUCCUGAUGCUACAACCCUUACUGUAUAUAAUUUAAUUCCAUUUACUGAAUAUUGUCUUCGCCUUUAUGCUACUAAUGUUGUUGGAAACAGUGAACCAAGUGAACCCUCAAAAUUUUUCCAAACUAUUCAAGCACCACCCUCUCAUCCUCCAUAUAAUGUUACUCUUCGAGCUGUAAAUGCUAAUGCUAUUCGUGUAAGAUGGACUCCUUUACAACAAGUUGAAUGGUAUGGAAUACCUAGAGGAUACAAUAUUUCCUAUCGUAUAUAUCCUGAUACAUCUGAAAACUAUGAAUCAAUUAUUUUAGAAGAUCAUAAUGCAAAUAGUUAUGUAUUAAAGAAUUUAGAAGAAUUCACAACAUAUGAAGUAUUUGUUCAAGCUUAUAAUGAUGUGGGAUAUAGCAUGCCAAGUCCAAAAGCUUUAGAAAGUACAAGAGAAUCAGUGCCAUCAAUGGGUCCAUUAAAUGUGACUGCUAAUGCUACUUCCUCUACAACAAUUGUAGUUAAAUGGAAUGAAGUGCCAAAAAUUGAUCAGAAUGGAAUAAUUGAAGGAUAUAAGGUUUAUUUUGGAGCAAAAAUGGUUCCAUUUAAAUAUAAAGUAAUAGAAAAUAAUAUUACAUACACUACUACAUUGACAGAACUCAGGAAAUAUACUCUUUACAGUAUACAAGUAUUAGCUUUUACACGCAUCGGAGAUGGUGCUUUAAGUUUACCACCAGUUCAUGUUCAGACACUUGAAGAUGUUCCUGGAAUUCCGUCCAACAUAUCUUUUCCUGAUGUAUCUACAACAACUGCUCGUAUAUUAUGGGAUGUUCCUGAGGAACCAAAUGGUAUAAUUACAGCAUAUAGAGUUUCUUAUCAUAUAAACAGCACUCUUGAAGGCUCCAUUACUAAAGAAUUGCCAUCAACUGAUCGCACUUUAAAAGUCUUUAAUCUCAAUCCAGAAACUUAUUAUUUAUUUACUGUCACUGCGAAAACUAGUGAAGGUUGGGGUAAAACUGCUCAAGCAAUUGUAUUCACUACUAAUAACAGAGAAGCUCCACAACCACCUUCAGCACUUUACAUUCGAAAAUCUCAAAUUCAAGCAAGACAAAUUGCUUUCAGCUGGACACCGGGAAGAGAUGGAUUUGCUCCAUUACGUUAUUACAUCAUUGAAAUAUCAGAAGAUAAUGGCAUUUGGAAAACAUUACCAAUUAAAGUUGAUCCAUCAGUUACUACCUAUACUGUCACAGGUUUAAAGCCAUUUACACUUUAUAAAUUUCGACUACAAGCAAUAAAUGAUAUUGGUGCAAGUGGAUGGAGCCCUGAAUCAGAAGUAACUCAAACUUUACCUGCAGCUCCAGAUGAUCCACCUUCACAUGUUCUAGUGUCACCAUAUACAACAACUUCGGUUCGUGUUAAUUGGGAACCGCUUCCUGAGUUUAAAUGGUAUGGUGAUACUCAAACUGCAGGGUACAGGAUUGAAUAUUGCCAACUUUUAACUUACACUGUUUCUCGGAGUUCUGAUUGUCCUAGUAAUCGUGUUUAUGGGGUUAACAUCUCUACUGUUUUAUUGCCAAAUCUUGAACAAGAUAAUAUUUAUGAGAUAAGAGUAUAUGCAUUUAAUAACCAAGGUGACAGCAUUCCAAGCCUCCCUGUUUCAGUUUUUGUUGGAGAAGCAGUUCCUACUGGUGAACCACAAGAUAUUUCAAUGGAAGCACUUAGUUCAACAGAAAUAAAAGUAUCAUGGAAACCACCUUUAGAAACAAAACAAAAUGGUGAUCUUUUAGGAUAUAAGAUAUUUUAUAAACCACUUAAUGAAGAAGGUUCAGAAGAAAUGGAAGCUGUUCCAGCAACUACAAAGUCUUUUGUAUUGAUGGAUUUGAAAAAGUAUUGUGUAUAUAAUAUUCAAAUUCUUGGUUUUAAUCCAGCUGGAGAUGGACCUCGUUCAAUGCCACAAAAAGUUAGAACAAAAGAAGAUGUACCAGGACCUCCAGGAAAGCUUGUAUUUUCUAACAUUACAAUGACUUCACUUAAUGUUAGCUGGAAUGAGCCUGUAGAAGCAAAUGGCAAAAUAAAAGGAUAUCUUCUUGUUUACGAGACAGCUGUAGAAGAUAGUGAUUAUAGCAGACAGGUGCGUCAGAGAGUGACAGUUAAUCAUUUGGCUGUAUAUGGUUUGGGUGAAAAAAUAACCUAUACCUUCAGAGUUAGAGCUGAAACUUUUGACUAUGGACCAGAAUCUAUUAGUAAUGUUACUACUGGUCCACAGAAAGGUUCACCUGAAAGUCCUCAAGAUCUUAUAUUGUUACAUACUCCAACUUCUUUUACAUUAAAAUGGAAAAAUGGUGCAUCUGAAUCUGGUCCUAUAUUAGGAUAUAUUAUAGAAAUUCGUCCACUUGAUGAACUUGAAUGGAACACAUUGACUCACUUAAAUAAUGGACCACAGAUAUCCUAUACAGUGAGCUUCCAAAAUUUGUUACCAUCCACAAACUAUCAUCUAAGAUUGUUUGCAAGAAAUGAGUAUGGUGUAAGCAUGCCAGUUGUUGCUACUCAACCUGUUGCUACUCCAAGUAAAUUUUAUUUAGAAUAUCGUCAGAAGUUGCCAUUUUAUAGGGAAGUCUGGUUUAUGGUAAUGUUAGCAGCUACUAGUGUUGUUAUCAUUAUUAUUGUUAUAGCAGUUUUGUGUGUUAAAAGCAAGGCAUAUAAAUAUCGAAAGGAUAUACAUAAAUCUUUGCAAGAUGACCAUCUUAGCAUGGAUGAUGGUGGAUUUGCUACAUUUGAAUUGCGUCAAUCCAAGCGAGGAACUCUGUGUAAAAAUUCACUGUCUAGAAAGAGCACAAGUACUGUUAUAACUAAAUCUCCUCCUCGCCCAAGUCCUGCUAGCAUUACAUAUUCCGACGAUGAAGAUGUCAAAGGUUAUGAUGAAAACUGUGACAGUAGCAGCCUAACAGAAAAACCAUCAGAAAUUAGUUCAACAGAUUCACAGGUAAGUUCACCUGAAAGUCCUCAAGAUCUUAUAUUGUUACAUACUCCAACUUCUUUUACAUUAAAAUGGAAAAAUGGUGCAUCUGAAUCUGGUCCUAUAUUAGGAUAUAUUAUAGAAAUUCGUCCACUUGUAACAUCCAAACCGCCAAGUUACACAGAUAGUGAACCCGAAGGGAGCAUUGCUGUCAGCCUGAAUGGAGGACACAUAAUCAUGAACAACAUGGCUGGUUCAAGAGCUCCUCUUCCUGGAUUUUCUUCGUUUAUUGAAUAUACACAGCAGUGUAGGAGAAUGGUGCAGAGACACCAUUUGGAUGAUUUUAUGCAUGGACGAAUCGUCAGACAACUAGAGAGCAAUCAGACUCAAAUGGAAGUGUCGCAUGCAUUGAGUGUCCCCCAAAGUGUCAUCUCAAGAGUCUGGCAACGAUUCCAGCAGGAUGAAAAUGUCACUCAGAGGUAUGGCAGAGGCCGUCCAAGGUGUACCAUUGGCCAAGAGGACUAUUACUUAUGCCUAAUAGCCAAACGCAAUAGACACAGCACUGCCUCGGAUCUCGCUACAGAUCUUGCAGCUACUACAGGGACCAACAUUUCAAGGUUUACAGUGUAUGGACAGUUAGCUGAGGAACACUUGUAUGCCAGAAGACUGGAAAGAUGUGUUCCAUUAAACCAAGUGCAAAGAAGAGCUCGUUUAAAUUGGUCCAGGGAACAUCAGACAUGGAUCCAGGAGAAAUGGAGUCAUGUCUUGUUUACAGAUGAAUCCAGGUUUAGUCUCAGCAGUGAUUCACAAUGUGUCUUCAUCUGGAGAGAACCUGGGACACAGUUCCGUCCAGAGAACAUUACUGAACUGGACCAGAAGCGUAAACAUGACGACGAAGUAAUUGCUGGAAUGGCAAGUUCUGUUGUGGUGCAACCGCGGAAAAAAGCCAGGAUACAAAACUAUUAUGAGGAAAUUAUUCCUCGAUACAGUGAUCUGGAUUUUAAAGGCCACUUCAGACUUCAGCGUGAAAGCGUUGAAUANUUAGUUUCAAAUACAUUAUAUCAUUACAUUAUAUAUAUUAACAAGUAUAUAUUUAUUACAGAGGAUAUACAUAAAUCUUUGCAAGAUGACCAUCUUAGCAUGGAUGAUGGUGGAUUUGCUACAUUUGAAUUGCGUCAAUCCAAGCGAGGAACUCUGUGUAAAAAUUCACUGUCUAGAAAGAGCACAAGUACUGUUAUAACUAAAUCUCCUCCUCGCCCAAGUCCUGCUAGCAUUACAUAUUCCGACGAUGAAGAUGUCAAAGGUUAUGAUGAAAACUGUGACAGUAGCAGCCUAACAGAAAAACCAUCAGAAAUUAGUUCAACAGAUUCACAGGGAACAGAUAGUGAAGGAGAAAGCGACACCAAGUCGGAACCUCAUUCAUUUGUAAAUCAUUAUGCCAAUGUAAAUGACACUUUACGCCAAUCUUGGAAGAGACAGAAACCAGUCAAACCGCCAAGUUACACAGAUAGUGAACCCGAAGGGAGCAUUGCUGUCAGCCUGAAUGGAGGACACAUAAUCAUGAACAACAUGGCUGGUUCAAGAGCUCCUCUUCCUGGAUUUUCUUCGUUUGUAUGAUAUUGUACUGCCAUUUGAGAUGAAAUCACAACCUGGACUUGGAAAAAGAACUUAUUUUUUACAUCGUCGAGUAUUUAAGUUAAAAUUUUUAAAUGUAUCUUUUGUCUAAAUGUUUGUGGAAAUUUUAUAUGUAGUAGAUUAGUGAUCGGUUAAGCUGAAAAUUAUUUGGGAUUGUGGUAUCAAGAUCAUAGAUCAGAAAUAAGAAGACAGUAUUUAACAUGCCAAUGCAAUUACCAAAGAUAUCAAAAAAAAAUAUAUGAUGCAAAUUAUAUUUAUAGAGAUAUACUGUUUAUUAUGCUAAAAUAUUUGAAAGCUUUUCUUACUUUCAUUUACUGCUGGAAAGGUUUAGUAUAACUGCUUCCGGCUGAAGUAUAGCAAAUUAAUCUUUUUCAAAGGCUAAAAUGGAAUUAUUCCACCAUUUAUUAUUUAUUCUUAACUGAGAGAGAUUUCAAGUGACCAUCUCCAUUCUCUGGCAAGGUUUGAUUGUUACUUAAAUAGAUCAGUCCAUUAGAAUAGAAAAUAUUGCCUUUUUAUUAAAGUGCCUUUUUGUUAAAUUUCAUAUUAUUUAAACAAAAUAUUGGUAUUUUGGAUAACUGAAGAUGAUCUAAAUUCAUCUUUGCCUUAGAGUUGCAAUGUUUUUGUUAUGAAUUUCACAUAUCUUUAUAUGCAAUUAUUAAAUAUUCCAAUGAAAUAUUACUUAAUACCAAAAAUAUUUGUUAAGGACAACUUAUCUGUCAAGAAUUACCAGUUUGAGUCUUGACAUUCAAAUUGUCAUAUUUUUAUAAGCAUUUUAUCUACACACAAAAGUCAUAUUUUGAAUUUCAAAGGGAAUAUUUCUGUUUCUUUUAUAACAAAUUUAUAUUUUUACAGAAUGAUUUAGUUACAGAAAAGAAAUUUAUUUUAUACAUAGUCUACAUAAUUCUAUAAUUCUUUUCCAUCUGUCUUUAGUGUGAUUUAGAUUAGAAAUUGAUACUAGGAAGAUGUAUGCUAAUUAUAUAUAUAUAUAUUACAUUUUGGUAUCUAAAAUUAAAAGUUUCUUGAAUAAUCUCAAUUAUUUUUAGAUUUAGUUAAUAUUAGAUAUAAUUUUUAUUACAAUCAAAAAAUUAAAUGGCCAGAAUAUAUUUACUAUAUUUUUUAAACUUGGAACUUAAUCAAUCAAAGAAACUAAGGCCAAUUAUAUUAUUUUAAAUAUAUUUAAAAUUAAUUUAUUUCACAUGUUCUUUGAAUGGCAAAAUCUAUCUACUUCAAAAGACAUAUUAUUUUUUUAAUGACUAAUUUUCACUAUACACAUUGCUAUUAGAUAUUAGAUGGUGGACUACCUCCUGCUAAAUUGCUUAGUAAUUAUUUAGACUUACAGCCCAAUAGAGAAUUCAAAAUUUUAAUGUUCGUUUGGUGUUAACAGCAUUGUUAAAAGAUUUGUUUUCUUAUUGCUUUAUUUAAUAACAUUUAUGAACUUUUAUAAAAAGGUAAGAAGGCAAAAUGUUCGUUGCAGUCCAACUAAAUUUCAUAAUUUUUUCAAACAAGUUUUUUGCAUACGUGCAAAUUUUUCAUCCAAGUAAAAUGAUUCUGUUUGAAAGUCAUUUGCACAGUAGUAAAUAGAUUAAAUUUAUUGUUCACCAAAACUUCAAUUUUUCAUAAUAGCCACGUGUUUAUAUCAAUUAUUUGAACAAUGAUAAAUCUUAUUAAUGAAAACAUCCAAAUGCAGUAUUUCAUUAAUAAACUGAAAUAUUUGCAUCAUACAGUGGGAAAGUUCAAAUUGUCAAUCUGUUUGGCAUUCAAAUAUAAACAAUGUAUUUUUCUAUAUUUAUACUUUUAACAAAAAAAUAUUUUAAAAUUACUUAAUAAAAAUUCCAUAAAAAGCAUUUAACACAAACAUUCCAUGUUUUUUUUAAUUUUGGCAUUUUUCUUUUGUGAUGUUUUUCAGUACUUAAAGAAUUUUGUGAUCUAUUUUUAGAAAUGUUCUUUACCAAACUUUUUAAUAUAGAGUGCGAGUAUUUUGCCGUCCAGAAGUAUUUCCAAUAAAAGCAAAUACAUUUUAUUGGUAAGCACUAUUUUUAUUUUUUCCUCUCUGUUCAUUGUGGUAUUGAGUAAUAUUUAAAUAUUGGAUCCAAACUUAAUCCUACAUUAGAAGGAAUUUUUCAUUUAGUGCUUUCAAAAUUAUAUAUCUGAUGUUGCAAGGAAAUGAAAAUGUUAACACACACACACUCAUCUGUAAAAAAUGAUGUAAAAAUGUUCUGUAUAUCUCAUUAAUUUGAAAACUAAAGAUUUGUUGAUUAACGACUCUACGCUUAAUGAAUCUCUGAAGUCUUCCUUUGAUUUUUACGUAAUUUAUUUUUUUAUUAAACUUUCAGAAGGAAAUAUUCGAAUAAAUUGCUCCUUUGCCUCUGCUGUUUGUUCCGAACUU